AUGAGCGGCGAUGAUGUCUACGUAGUUGAGAAAGUUGUUGCGAGUAGAAAAGUAAAGGGAGUGAAGCAAUAUCUGUUGAAGUGGAUGGGAUAUCCUGAUGCGGACAAUACAUGGGAAGACGAAGAGAACAUCUUCUGCAAGGAUAUGAUACAAGAGUAUGAAAGCAAGAAAGCUACAGCAAAUGCAAAUGCAAAGCAAAGCAAGAAGGGCAAUGUGCAUUCAUCAGAAGCGAGCACUACACAAAAGGCCCAAAAGCGUGCAACUGAGCAAGUAUCUUGUAAGACGAGUAAAAGAAGCAAACCUCAAAAAGGUAAGAAUGGUUCACAGAACAGCAGCGAAAAGACUCAGGAAGAAAGCAAAAGAAAACCUCGUGCUAAAUUUCAAGGCACACCUGAUGCACAAGUGAUAAGUAACAGCCAGAACUCGGCUGUGGAGAAAGUCAUUUCUGUCGAGAGAAGCGAUUCAAAGAAUGGCUUGACUGUUUACUUGUUGUUCAAGAACGGGGAGAAUGGUAGAUUUCCAGCCGAAGUUGUCCACAAAAGAUAUCCUAUUCCUCUUCUUGAAUACUACGAAAGCAAUCUUGUGUUCUGUGAAGAUGGAGCAGAUGCUAGCAAUUAA